AUGUCGACAGCAACGCCUCCCCCAAGAGGAAGUAGCAUGCAGGUCAACCUCGACUCGCCAGGACCCAGCCGGCAACCAUCACCCCCUCCACCACCGCCAUUACCCGACCCGUUACUGGACGAGGCGGAUGAGGACGCCGACCGCGAGCUAUUCCUCCGACGACAGAAAGAAUACACCGAUCUCGAACGGAGUGUCGAGGCGAGCGCUGAGCUGCUCACCAGCCUAGCGGGAUACCUGACAACAUUCCAAGACAACCUCGGCGAGGUAUCGGGCCAGAUCGCCGAUCUACAAGCGCGGUCCGACGAGAUCGAGCGCGAACUCAAGGGCCGCCGCGUCAUCUUGCCCCCUCUCAACGCCCUCCUCUCCGACCUGAUCAUCCCCACUUCCUUGGUCCUAACAAUUCGGGACACGGAACCCUCAGCCAACCCCCAGAUGUGGCUACAGGCCAUCGCCGAGCUCGAGGACAAGAUGGGAGCGGUAAAAUCUCGCGGCACAAAAGUAAAAGGCGCGCGAGAAUUGGAGAGCCUCGUCGACGCGCUUGCACUCAAGGCACUACACACUCUCCCGCCAUUCCUACUCACCCUCAUCCGGCCCCUCCGCUCAGCCUCCAAGGGCCUCUCAACCAACUUGGCCGUCAUGCAGACCAGUUUACUGCUGAAAUAUCAGCCGUUCUACGCGUUCCUCCUCCGCCAGAGCCCGCGACACGCCAAACAAGUCGAGCGCGGAUACGUCAAUGCCGCGAGGGCAUAUUACGAAACUGGAAUGAGGCGGUACGGGCGUGCAUUGGGCCUAAUCCGCGCACGCGCAACCGACAAGCCCGACCUCAUCGGUGUUAUUGGCCCCGAAGAGAAACCCGCCAAGGCAAUGUACUCGCGCCUGCAGUAUGCGGAUCUGGACGGGGAGGGCGAGGCUGCAGCAGUCGUCCUCGCAUACCAGGCCGACGACGUGAAAUACGCUCUCCCCGUCGAGGCCGUGUUCCGUUCCCUCGGCCUCGUGGUUCUCGACAACGCCUCGGCCGAGUUUACUUUCAUUGUUCGAUUCUUUUCUCGCCCAGCCCUACGCCGAAGCGCGGAAGGGUCCCCUCUUGACUCGCCUGUUCUUGGACCGGUAUCUGACGCUGGCCGGAGUAGGCUGAGCACACAUCGACGUACGCCGGAGCCCGAGUUGCGCGACGCCGAGCGAAUCUGGCACGAAGUUCUCGACGCUGGUCUCGAGAGCGCGACUGCUCUGUUUAAGGAGUGUAUCGCCACUCCACCACCCGCGAUCCCGCUUCUCACCAUGAUCCGCGCGAACGACCGCCUGAUAUCCAUCGCUGAGGGACGCGGAGCUCUUCCCCUCAUUCCCUACCUCACAGGAUGGAAGAUGACCCUCUGGCCGCUGUACCGCAAGGCUAUGGACGCGCAUAUCGAGAGUCUGCGGGCGCUUGCGAACGAGGCGGAGGGUAAGGGCCUCGCGGGGGUGUUUGGCAAGGGCGUCAAGGACGCCGCGGUGCGUGUUGUGGCCGUGCGGUACGCGGCGCUGUUUGCUUGUGUUGUUGCGUUGAGCGACGAGGCCGAGGAGGCCAUGAUGUUCUCGAGGUUGGUCGCCACCAAGGAGGGCGCUGACAUCAGUAUGACGCGCCUCCGCGCCGAACUUACCCGCCUCGUCCAGAUACAGGCUGGUAAGAUCAAGGACGUGCCGGCGCGCCACUCGUUCCUCUCCUCCAUCUACGAGGCAGUCAUGCACGAGCUCGUGGCUGGCCCUGGCGCGCCUACACAUCCGCGCCUGCAGGCGGAGUUGUCCUUCUUCCGCACGCGCGAGGAGGAGGCGCGCCGGCGUAUCGCCGCUCAAUAG